GUGCGAGCAGUAACGUAAAGUACGAUUGCAUCGGCGUGGUGGCGCGACGGAACGCGAGGCCAAAUUUCUCCUACAUUUACAUUGAAAAUUUGACAGUGGCAUUUUUUAUGUCGAAUCUAGAUAAAAGGUCGAAAUAUUCCAAGAAAUUAUCUAUCGUGAUGCCUAUAAUUAAAAGCAUGUUCGAACGAUUCGUUGAUAAUAAUGAGACGACGGGAUCGACCGGGGUCACCAAUCAAAGAGAAUCGCCGAGUAAUCUGUGCGAGCAGUAGUAUGAGGCUGUACUUUGUCAUGGUCAAGAAGGUGUUGGAUUAAUUUCGUCAAGUGGAAAUAUCCUAAUUAUAUUGUCGUCGAGGAAAAUAGUAUUCGCAGUAUUUUGGAUCAGGGUAGAAAUCACGUGAGUAUUAAUUAACACAAAAUAAUUACCAAAAUAUCAAUGGGGAAUUAUUACAUUUGUCAGAUAACAAUUUAGGAUAUCUUUUUCUUUUCUUUCUUUUCUUCUUCCAUAGGGUAUAUAUACUUUGCUAGUUCAAGGUCGAUCGAUAGCCGAAGGUACGAGAAGUCAUCUGUUACAUCUGACAUCGAAAAAGAAAUUCUUGAGAUUAACUUUGACAACAAAAUGGGGUCUCUAUGUUUGGAAAGAUAACGAACAAUUUUCUGUGGACAAUCAUCUCUUAAAUUCACCAUGUUCAUUCCGAGGCAGGCCUCUCACCGAAUCCAAUAUACAGGUUUUGAUAAAGAGAUUGCUUAAUGGGGUACUCGAAUGAGAUCAUUCAAGUAAUUACAUAUAUGAGUAUGUGCAUAUGUAUAUACAUACGUGCGUGCGCGCGCAGGGCGUGUGUAUAUGCAUAUAUAUGUAUGUGUAGAUGCUGACACGUUUGAAACUGCGUGCAAACGCACAGAAAUGUAAUCUUGACCUUUUUUAUCACAGAAAAUACUCAGAUUACGUGAGUGAUGUAACAUCAAAAUUUCUCCCGGCCGGUCGAUCUCCAUGGCAGAUAAAUGUGAUAAAUUGUUUCUUUCGUGGUGAGGAGUAUCAAAUUUGUUUGAUUCGGGUUCAUCAUUUGCUACUUCGUUUGGAACAUCUAUCCCUUGCUGAUUUCCUACCUUUGAAAUAUUCAACCGAAAAUUGGGCUUGCGAAGAAAGUGAUUCACCAUUCACGAAUCUUUAUGUUGAACCUUCGGCAUUACCUCGUCUUCAUCAGAAGCUUACAGAAAACUUCAGUAAUUAUUGGAACGAGUUUCUUUGCAAUAAUGAUCCUAUUGAACGACCUGAAAUAAUGAAGAAACGAAUAGGAGUCUUUCAGUGCGUUAAAAUUGCUGUGAUUGUUUUGGUAGCCACUUCAAAGGAAUUGACUAGACAAUACAGAAAAUCCGAAGGCCUCAGAUUCUUUGAUUUCUUCAUUAUACUUCAAAGAGAAGUUAAUAAAAGAAAUUUUGGAGUCUUCAUAAUAUUUUAUGCCGUUCUAAGAACUCUUCAUCCAAUUGAUACCAUCUAUGCAAUCUUAGCCUGGUCAUGGUAUCUACUUAUUAUACUAACUUUGAAGACACCUAUAUUGAUUUUUCGAGAAUUUCAAGCCCUGCAAUCGAAGUACAAACAUUUUUAUCCGGAUACUUUGAUUUCGAUGAUCUGGUGUUAUCUGCCAUUGAUAAUCCAAGCAACGAUCGAAGUCUUCUCCAUUAUGUGGAUCGCAAUAGGAGCUCCGAAGUUGAUAUUGGAGGAGCUUUUCUUGAAACAUCCUCAAGCAAAUCGAUUGCAAACGAUAUCACCUUGUGGUAGAAAAGUCGUGGCUUGGUCCGAAGAGGUCAGUUUGGAUGUAUUAAAAAAGAUUUCCAGUGUGACAGGAGCUACAGACGCUGAAAUCCUUUUAACAGCUAUCGUCGACUCUCUAAAGGAAUAUUUUAGACAUUCUGGCGUUAGAAUUCCGGAUGACGUUUUAACUACAGCAAAAUUCGUCAAUCAAAAAGCUAUUUUCUUGCAUAAUCAUGAAACUAGAGGUAUUGUCUGUUUGGCUUUACCAACGAGAACUCCACUUUUCGAAGACGAUCUACUCGAGAUUCUUCAGGUGAUACAAAGAAAUGUACAAGAAACUAGAGCAAAGCAGAGUGCCAUUUAUGCCAUCACAGCAACCGAAACAUCACGUGGUCUGAUUUCUUCAAUUUUUCCUUCGAUACUUCUCAAAUUGAUACUCAAUCAAUUAUCGAGAAGAUAUUCAUUGUCUCUAACUCAUGUUGAUGGCGAUCUACAACUAGAAGGUGUAGAUGCUGCAGUUUACUGGAGACCACCUCAAGGAAACUGCAGUAAAUUAUUUUUAUUUAUUUCUUUGUUUUUUUAUAUGACUUUCUCAAUGAUUUUCUUUGAAAAUUAUCAUAAGUAUAAUCCAAUCAAUUCCUUUUUCUUCGUAGAUAUGUCGAUAACUCUGCACAGGUACGGUAAUGGAGUGCGCUUAGGUGUUAUGGGAGAUGCCCUGAUUGGUCCACAGCAUUCGAUUAUAACCAGGACAUUCCCAAAAAGUCUACAAAAUCUUUCCGCGAUCGUUGGUGUUCCAAAAACUCCAGUGCUAGAACAUCAGAGCCGUAGUCCAAGUCCACAUUCAGCUAGUCCAACUACAUCACCUGGAUAUUGAUAGAAUUAUUAUAUGUCCUAACUUUUGGAUCUCCAGGACAACGAAACGUUUCUUGUCGUUCAUUUUGAAACAUUUAGAAGAAUAUAUUUUUCAUUCCAGGAUUUUUUUUCGUUUAGAAUUAAGACAAAGAAAACGAGAAAGAUGUCUUAUCAUAUGUGCACAUACCCACACGCAAAUCAUAUAUAUAUAUAUAUAUAUAUAUAUAUAUAUAUAUAUAUAAAUCAUAAACACAAUAUAUAUAAUACAUACACACACGUGUGAUUGAUUUGUAAGUCCAACAAAGACUUGACGUCAAAGUGAAAUCCUACUGAAAGGAGCUGACCCAAAUCUCGGCUAACUUAUCGAUUUCUUGCCUUCCACGUUAUUUAUUCUUCCGUCCUUCGAGUGUGUAUCAAUCAACAUACAGGGAAAGUAUCUGUGUGAACAAUAUUAUUUCGUGUUACGUACAUACUUAACAUGUAACAUUUGACUUUUAUGGAACAUGAUAUUUAUAAUGUACAGAUUAUACGUUGGAAAAAUUUUUUGAUGUUAUUUAUAAUGAUAUAUAAGAGAUGUAAGAAGAAAGUAAAUUUACUUAUUUCUCUUGAAUUAAUCUUUAUAAACAAGAUAAAUGAAUAUUACUCGAGAAAUGAAGAUCAAUUGAACGACACUCAAUAAUUUUUUAUUGGACGGCUUUUCUUUUCUUCAGUAUUUUUCUCUUUACACAAUUUGAGACUUAAUAAAGAUUAUUUGAUUUUUUUAUAUAUAAAUGAAAACAUUAUAAGUUGUAAUUUGAUUAUUCUCAACGCGUUUAUUACGGUAUUAAGAACAAAAACAUACAUUUGAAUGUUAUGUUUGUUUUGUCUCUUAAAGAUAAGAUAUACUCAUGAAGAGUGUAUAUCUUAUUGUCAGUCAACGUGCGCAUAAAUUUUGUCGAAAAUUCUUCUGCAUAUAUAUUGUAGAAAAUUUGAACUUUUGAUUGUUAGGAGAUGAGUUAGGGCAAAACAAAAAGAUCUUAUUAAUCACGAAAUCAGCUUUAAUCAGUUUGAAAUGCAAAUUGUUCUUUACAUUUGAACUGUAUUAUUUCUAAUUAAAUUGAAUAAAAUAAUCUUUCUAAAACUAA